AUGGAUAAUUUUUACUUUGAACUCGUUUUUAGACAGAACAAGAUGACUUCUAUAUAAGUGACUAACAAUGAAGAUAAGAUAAUGUUUUCUUGAAAAAAUACGAGUGUCAAGAUAUAUACUUCAGUUUAAGCUCUUUAAUAUAUUGUUUAUUUUACGUAAAUCUCAAUAUUUUUUUGUUGUAUUAUGUUAUUAGUUACUAAAAUGUUGAACUGGAGGACGAAAAAGCCAUCUCAAAAUGUACAGCUCAAAUACUCCGAUUGUCACGGAGAUCAAGAAAAUAGACAAACGUAUUUUAGGGCCAUACGAUUUAACGACAAAGAACAAUUUAAGAAAAAAUCAAAUCUUGUCAUAACUGCCCAAUACGGAAUUUUAUCAUUUUUACCAUUAUUUACCAUUGAACAAUUAAUAAAAUUCACCAACCAGUAUUUUUUAUUUAUAUCUAUACUUCAGCAAAUACCUGAUGCAUCUCCAGUUGGCAGAUUUACAACGAUAUUACCUUUAACUAUUAAGUUUGGAUUCUCAGCGAUUAAAUCAAUUAUUAAGGACCUAAUUAAACAUAUUAGAGAUUAUAAAGUUAAUCAUAAAUAUGUGGAAGUAUUAAGAAAUGGUGUUUUAGUUCAAGAGAGAUGGAGUGAAAUCGGGAUUGGAGAUAUUAUUAAAGUUAAAAAUAAUAAUAUUUUCCCAGCAGAUCUUGUACUAAUAUCAUCCAGCGAACUAUAUGGAACUUGUCACAUAGAAACUACGCAUUUAGAUGGUGAAGUAAAUUUAAAAAUCAGACAAUGCGUCAAAGAAACAUCUCAUUGUAAAGAAUUAAAAGAUUUGAUUGAUUUAAAUGGAAUAAUUGAAUGUGAAUUGCCAAAUAAGUUACUUUAUAAUUUUUUAGGAAAACUGAUAAUUAUGAAUAAUAACCCUAUACCUUUAGAUAAUAAACAAUUUUUACUACGAGGAUCAGUUCUGCGAAAUUCAAAAUGGAUUUAUGGAGUCGUGGUAUACAGUGGUCAUGAAACAAAAAUUAUGCUUAAUCAAUCUUUACGCUCUUUAAAAGAAUCAGCAAUGGAAACAAUUCAAAACUCGUUACUGAAAACUGUUUUUUUAUUGAUUUUUUUUCUGAGUCUUAUGUGUGCUUUAUGCUCUUUGUGGUGGACCAAACACAAUAUUAAUAAACAUUGGUACCUUGAACAGAGAGAUGUCAAUGCAUUCACAUUUCUUUUACAGUCAAUCAGUUUUUUUGUUAUAUUUCAUAAUACAAUCCCUGUAUCAUAUGUAUAUAUUGAAGUAGUACGUUUCUUACAGGAUUGGUUUAUCAAUAAUGACAUUGAUAUGUAUCAAGAAGAAAGCAACACACCUGCUAGGGUUAGAUCACAUAAUCUUAAUGUUGAGUUGGCCAAGGUAAAAUAUAUUUUUUCCGAUAAAACUGGAACUUUAACUAAGAAUGUCAUGAAAUUAAAACAUUGCUCAAUUGCUGGAGAACUUUAUCUAGAAGGAUCUCAAAACAAAAUGAUAAAUAACUCAAUCAAUCACUCGACCAAAAAUUAUAUUUUGGAUUUUUUAAGAAUAAUGUCUGUCUGCCAUACAGUUAUUCCAGAGAAGUCAAAACUGACAGAUGAAAUAGUAUACUAUGCUUCAUCUCCUGAUGAACAAGCAUUAGUCAUUGGAUCUCAACAAUUCGGAUUUACAUUUCAUACUCGUUGUCCAACAUCAGUGACUAUUACUACAUUAAAAGGAGAGGAGACUUAUGAAAUUUUAAAUACAAUAGAGUUCACAAAUUCUAGGAAAAGAAUGUCAGUUAUUGUUCGAACGCCUGAUGGUCAAAUAAAAUUAUUUUGCAAAGGCGCAGAUACCGGUAUUAUUAAACGCCUAUCAAAAUCUGGGGAAAAGCACAAACACCAAACCAUGAUGCAUUUAAAUGAUUUUGCCCGCUCGGGUUAUCGAACAUUAUGCUUCGCAUAUAAGAAUAUUUCUGAGAGCUUUUAUAACAGGUGGAAAGAUGAAUAUCUCAAUGCAUCAACUGUGUUAAUAAAUCGAGAAAACGCCAAAAAUAAAGUAGCUGAAAAAAUAGAAAAGAAACUGACGCUAAUUGGUGUGACUGCAAUUGAAAAUAAAUUACAAGACAACGUACCAAAAACUAUCCAAGCAUUAAUGUGUGCAGCAAUCAAAGUAUGGAUACUAACUGGAGAUAAAGAAGAAACAGCAUUAAAUAUUGGAUUAUCUACUACACUCAUUACACAAGAUAGCUCAAUAGUUAUUUUUAAUGAAACAAAUUUAACGGAUCUCAGACACACUAUAAAUCAAAAAAUAUACAAUCUGGGUCUUACAGUCGAAACAAUGAAUUGUACAUUGAUAAUAAGCGGACGAUUAUUGAAGCAUGCAUUGUCAAGUGAUCUUAAAAUGAAAUUUCUCAAGUUAUGCUUGAAUUGUAAGUCUGUUAUCUGUUACAGAAUAUCACCUACACAAAAAGCUGAGAUUGUUGAUCUCGUGACAAAAUACACAAAUGAAGUAACCUUGGCUAUAGGUGAUGGAGUAAAUGAUGUGCCUAUGCUCCAAAAAGCUAGUAUCGGUGUAGGUGUAGUAGGAUUAGACGGAUUGCAAGCGUAUAAUGCCUCAGACUAUUCAAUUGCUCAAUUUAAUUAUUUAUUAAAGUUAUUGUUUGUGCAUGGUGCUUGGAAUUAUGAAAAGCUUACCAAAAUGAUGUAUUUUUAUCACUAUAAAACAGUUGUUUUUAAUUCUUUACAAUUAUGGUUUGCCAUUUAUUCUGGGUGGUCUGGUCAAGUAUUAUUUGAUAGAUGGAAUAUUUUUAUGUACAAAUCAUUAUUUACAGUUUCUCUACCGUUUGUAAUGGGAUUAUUUCUAACUACAUGCUCAACAGAAAAGAGAUUAAAAUGUCCAAAAUUGUACUGUCAAACACAAAAUGUGUUUAAUUUUAAAAUGUUUUGGAUGUGGAUAUUUAACGCUUUGUUUCACUCGAUACUCUUAUUUUGGUUGUGCUUAUUUAUCAUGAGGCAUGAAGUUAUAUGGACUACAGGGAGAGUAGGCGAUUAUUCACUAUUUGGAAACAUCAUGUACACUUGUACGUUGAUCAUUGUGUGUUUCAAGGCUGGUUUACAUAUUCAAUCAUGGUCUUUAAUCGUACACUUAGCUAUAUGGGUAUCAAUACUAUUAUGGAUUUUAUUCAUAAUAGUUGACAAUGAGUUAAAGAAGAUUUUAACGCAUUUUACUGUGUUCAUCAAUGUAAAUGAAAUCAUAUUUAGUUCAUCCAUAUUUUGGAUUACAAUAAUAUUUACAACAAGUAUAGUUCUAUUACUUGAUAUUAUGGUUAUAGUAAUUCAACGGACUCUAAGCAAUGAUACACUGAUUAAGAAAAAUACUGAUACUAAAACAUUUCAAAGCAUUCCAUAACUUUAUUCAAAUAAAACUUCUUAUUUGUAAUUAUCUGUCUUAAUAAUUGUAAAUUAAUAAUUAUGUAUGUAGUAAACUAUAAACAUUAAAAUAAAUUAGGUACUAAUUUUUAAGGAUAGAUGUAAGUAUUUAAUUUAUAUGACUCAAGUCCCAUAUAAUUCCAUCCCAAAUAUAUCUGUUAACAGUUCCUAAGUAUCUAAUGUUUAAUACUGAAUAGUGAAUAUGUUGUUGUAAACCCCUGAAUAAUAUUCUAUUUUAUGUUCUCAUAUAAUAUAAUAUUAACAGUAUAAGAAUAGUGUGUUAGUCGACAGCUCGUCAACAGGAAUCCGCUGACUAGACGAUUCGGCGUCCGACAGGGUCGCCGGCCGACACACAGGGAGGAGGUCAGUCAGUCGUAUUUCCACAAAGCAUUAUACAUAACGUAUGUUUAAGAAGAUUAUUUUAUAUUUCUUGUACAAUUAGUUAAAGUUAAAACCAGUAAUAAAACCUAUAUAAUUAAUAACCUAA